AUGGAGCCGAGGCCCUUCGACAACAUAGGGGUACUUUAUCUACAGCAUGAGCAUAGGUCCCAUUAUGUAUGGGAUGCACCGGUAUCCUAUAAUAGAGUGGUUUGUACCCAUUCGGGAAAGUUAGCAUGGGAUAUUCUAGAGGCUAUUCUCCCACAUCCUCGUUUCAUAGAUAUACUACGUCGGAGCGGUAUCUACCGGUGCAUCGAGGUUGGUCGGCUUGUGCACGAUAGGGCUCUAGUGACGGCCAUGAUUGAGCGUUGGCGACCGGAGACCCAUACAUUUCAUCUCCGCACUGGCGAGGCUACCAUCACCCUACAGGAUGUCGAGGUGAUUUAUGGUCUACAGAUUGAUGGACAAGCAUUGUAUAGAGUGGAGCCUCCGCAGCUACCGUAUCGCCAGGAGUUGACUAGGCUCACUGGUUUCGUGCCUCAGCAGAGGGAUAUACGUGGACAGAGUCGGUUGUUGCGGUCCUCUCUCCAUGCUCACUUGCGCCUCGUAGAUCUGCAGCAUCCGAUUGGCGAGGCGACGCCUCAGGCUGAUGCUAACUGA